AUGAAUCAAAACGGUUUUAGUACUGGUGAAGAAGAUUCACGUGGCCCACUUGAUAAGAUUUGCUGUUUACAGGAAGAUGGAUUUCGCUGUCAACGACAAGCUGGAAACGCAUCAUAUAGUAAAAAAAUUCGCAACACUGUCAGACAACUUAAACUACAUUUGGACGCAGUUGCAAGACACAUCUACAUUUGUGAUCAUCACAAGAGUAUGAUUCAAAGCGCUAGAACGCUGAAACCAUCUAGUCAAGAUGAAGCACCAGAGGUAGAUUUUUCACAACUACAGAUGAAUACGCUUAGGCGCUAUAAAAAACAUUUUAAAGUAGUGACCAAACCCAGUCUGAAUAAAGCUCAAAUGGCAGAGACAUUGUUAAACCAUUUUAAAACCAUAUCUGUUAAUGAAAAAGAAGCCCUUACAUUCUUCAUAUACACAAUCAAGACAAACGGUAACAAAUUAGAUCAAAAAAAUGGAAAUAAUAAUUCAGACACACCGUCGUAGUAUAAUUCUGUAUUUUCAAUUUGUAAAAUUUUUUCUUAAUAUGUAUUAUGUAUGUUUAAUGUUUAUCAUUAGUAUUAACAUUAAUUUAUAAUGUAAACAAAAUAUUCAAAUAGUUAAGGGGAAAAAUUUUAUAGAUCUUUCCCUAAAUUAGUGAUUAAAAAUUGUAUGUUCUGUGUUAAAUCAAUAUUUUUAUUUAUAUAUUUAUUUACUUCUCCUUAAAAUGUAGUGUUUAAAAACAUUUCUUUGAAUCAAUUAUGUUAUAAAUUAUAUGCCUUGAUAAACAAUGAACUCAUUUUGAGUUCAAACUUAAAAAUAUAUUUUUUUUAAUCUCUUUUG